CCAAAACGAACAAGCCCCUCUCUCUCUCUUCCCUUUUCUUCCUCUCCUUCUCCUCUCCUCUCUGUCUGGCCUCUGGGAACCCUAAGGAGGUCUUCAAGCGUAUCGGCCUCGCCUUCUUGCAGCCUUUCUGGAAGGCGUCGAUCGUCAACUACACUGUCUCUGAUGCAAGUUUCUUCUAGUGAGAUAUAAGGCCGAUGCGGAAUAACCUAAUAAAUGCAAAUGACAAACAAUCUUAUGAAUACGAUAAAAAAUGAUGCAAGGACACAUGCUAUGGUGGACCAGAAAUCUAUUUGCAGCGAUAUUCAAUUUUUAAGCUGGCCCAGGUGCACUUUACUGGCAUGGAAAAAAUUGACAUUGUUUUCCAUUUCUCUUUCUGCUGCGACAGGGUCAAACCUUGGGCGCCCACAACAGUGUUUCUUCCUUUUCUUACAUUCAGCCUUUGCCUUCUGGAAGUGAUAUUUUUCACUGAUCAAUAAAUUAUUUGGAGAAAUUAUUUUUAAAACAUGCCUUCUCUGCAAUUAUUGCUGUUAACUAAGCAUGGGCGCAGCCUUCUGGCUUCUAGGAGGAGAACAGUUGCAUUAGUCUCAGGUGUUCUAGUGGCUGGUGGAACUGUUGCAUAUAUGCAGUCACGAUGGCAUAGCAGCUCCCCCAGACAAGAAACUUCUUGUAACAUCUCUACACCUGGUCAGCAUAAGGAGAGCUUGAGCCAGAAUGGUGCAAAUGAUAAAUCAAUUAGGACAUCGAGGCAUAAAAAAAGGGGAUUGAGAUCUCUACAUGUUCUAGCCGCAAUCUUGCUCUCACGGAUAGGCCCAACGGGAAUGCGCAAUCUUAUGGCAUUAGUGGCCACAGUGGUGUUGAGAACUGCCUUGAGCAAUCGAUUGGCAAAAGUUCAAGGAUUCUUGUUUCGAGCUGCUUUUCUUCGGCGUGUACCAACCUUUUUGCGCCUGAUUGUUGAAAAUAUUCUCUUAUGUUUUCUCCGGUCUACUUUGUUUUCUACUUCAAAGUACUUGACAGGUGCCUUAAGUUUGCGGUUCAGGAAAAUACUAACAGAGCUCAUACAUGCUGAUUAUUUCGAGAAUAUGGUAUACUACAAAAUCUCUCAUGUCGAUGACCGUAUCACCAACCCCGAGCAACGAAUUGCUAGCGACAUACCAAAAUUCUGUUCAGAACUGAGUGACCUUAUACAGGAUGAUCUCACAUCAGUUACUGAUGGCCUGAUAUAUACGUGGCGCCUCUGUUCCUACGCAAGUCCAAAAUAUGUGCUCUGGAUAUUGGCAUAUGUACUAGGGGCAGGAUCUAUGAUUAGAAACUUCUCACCUGCAUUUGGGAAAUUGAUGUCCAAGGAGCAGCAAUUGGAAGGGGAUUAUCGGCAGCUUCACUCACGGUUGAGGACCCAUGCUGAAAGUGUUGCAUUUUACGGGGGAGAGAACAUAGAAGCAUCCCAUAUUAGACAGCAAUUCAAGACUCUCAUUAAUCAUUUGAAUCUUGUUCUUCAUGACAAUUGGUGGUUUGGAAUGAUUCAGGAUUUUCUCUUAAAAUACCUUGGUGCUACAGUGGGAGUUAUCCUGAUUAUUGAACCCUUUUUUGCCGGCAAUCUUCGACCUGAUGCUUCGACAUUGGGAAGAGCAGAUAUGUUGAGCAAACUUCGUUAUCAUACAAGUGUGAUAAUUUCACUAUUUCAAUCCUUUGGGACUCUCUCCAUCAGUUCUCGACGGUUGAAUCGACUCAGUGGUUAUGCAGACCGCAUUCAUGAGCUGAUGGUUGUCUCUAGAGAUCUAUCUUCUAUUCAGGGCGGAUCAUCAAUUCGAAAUAGCUCUAGUGGGAAUUAUAUCAGUGAAGCAAGUUAUAUUGAGUUCUCAGAUGUCAAGGUUGUUACGCCAAAAGGAAAUGUACUGGUCGACAAUCUGAGUCUUAAGGUUGAAUCAGGUUCUAAUCUUCUGAUCACAGGUCCAAAUGGAAGUGGGAAAAGCUCCCUUUUCCGGGUUCUUGGAGGCCUCUGGCCACUAAUAGCUGGUCACAUUGUAAAACCUGGGUUUGGUUCUGAUCUCAAUAAGGAGAUCUUCUAUGUCCCGCAACGACCAUAUACGGCUGUUGGAACACUUCGUGACCAAUUAAUCUAUCCUCUUACAGCAGAUCAUGAGAGUGAACCACUUACACAUGAUGGAAUGGUUGAGCUGCUGAAAAAUGUUGACCUUGAGUACUUGCUGGAACGUUAUCCCCUUGACAAGGUAAUUAACUGGGGUGAUGAACUAUCCCUUGGUGAGCAACAGAGACUAGGAAUGGCCAGGUUGUUCUACCAUAAGCCUAAGUUUGCCAUUCUUGAUGAGUGUACAAGUGCUGUCACAACUGAUAUGGAGGAACGUUUCUGUGCUAAGGUUCGAGAAAUGGGGACGUCAUGUAUUACUAUAUCUCACCGCCCUGCAUUAGUUGCAUUUCAUGACAUAGUUUUGUCCUUGGAUGGGGAAGGAGGGUGGAGUGUUCAGUACAAGAGGGAUGGUCCAUCAUUUUCUAAUGAAGCGCCUGAUCUGCUAAAAUCUUCUGAAUCUGAUCGUCAAAGCUAUGCGCUGGCUGUUCAAAGAGCUUUUACUAUCAGCAGAAAGGACAAUGCAUCACCAAAAUCCAAGGGGCAUUCUUAUUCAACAGCGGUGAUAGCAUCAUCUCCUGAAAUACAGUACAAUGUUCCAUUGCCCAUGGUUCCACAAUUACAGAGCGCUCCAAGAACAUUACCGCUUAAAGUAGCUGCAAUGUUUAAAAUACUGGUUCCCACUCUGCUGGAUGGACAGGGUGCACAGUUGUUUGCAGUUGCUUUACUUGUUGUGUCUAGAACAUGGAUUUCGGAUCGCAUUGCUUCUUUGAAUGGGACUAGUGUGAAGUAUGUCUUGGAGCAGGACAAGGCAGCCUUUAUUAGAUUAACUGGCAUUAGCAUUCUUCAAAGUGCUGCAUCCUCCAUUGUUGCUCCAUCACUAAGGUACCUUACGGCCAAGCUUGCCCUUGGAUGGCGAAUUCGUUUGACUCAACAUAUACUGAAAUAUUAUUUGAAAAGAAAUGCUUUUUACAAGGUGUUCCACAUGUCAGGUAAAAAUAUUGAUGCAGACCAGCGAAUAACACAUGACAUGGAAAAGUUAACCAGUGCUCUCUCAAAAUUGGUCACUGGAAUGGUAAAACCUUCUGUAGACAUUAUUUGGUUCACUUGGAGAAUGAAACUCUUAACUGGACAAAGAGGAGUUGCUAUAUUGUACCUUUACAUGUUACUAGGCUUGGGCUUCUUGAGAUGUGUCACCCCUGAUUUUGGUGAUUUGGCAAGUAGGGAACAACAGUUUGAGGGAACAUUUAGGUUUAUGCACUCAAGACUCCGUACACAUGCUGAAUCCAUUGCUUUCUUUGGUGGUGGUUCUCGGGAAAAAGCUAUGGUUGAUUCAAGAUUUAGGGAGUUGCUUCAUCACUCGAAGAUCCUAUUGAGAAAAAAAUGGCUGUAUGGUAUAUUAGAUGACUUUGUCACUAAACAACUUCCUCACAAUGUGACAUGGGGACUUAGUUUGUUAUAUGCUAUGGAGCAUAAAGGAGACCCUGCUUUGACUUCUACACAAGGGGAGCUGGCACAUGCAUUGCGCUUCUUAGCGUCCGUAGUGUCACAAAGUUUUCUGGCAUUUGGGGACAUACUUGAGUUGCAUAAAAAAUUCCUUGAACUUUCUGGUGGUAUAAACCGGAUCUUUGAGCUGGAGGAGCUUCUUGAUGCUGCCCAGAGAGAGAUUUCUCUACCUGAUGCUUCCAUGUCCUCUGAAGUAAAUGAAUCACCUGCUCAAGAUAUUAUUUCUUUCACUAAGGUGGAUAUUAUCACCCCAUCGCAGAAGCUAUUGGCUAGGCAACUGACAUGUGAUAUCGUACGAGGAAAAAGCCUGCUUGUUACUGGACCUAAUGGGAGUGGGAAGAGUUCUGUAUUCAGAGUUCUUCGAGGUUUGUGGCCUAUUGUAACUGGAAGACUUGUCAAGCACUGCCAAUGCAUGUUCUAUGUUCCCCAGCGACCAUAUACAAGUCUGGGGACUCUAAGGGAUCAAAUCAUAUACCCUCUUUCUGGCGAGGAAGCAGAGGUGAGGAUGCUCACAAUAUUUAAUAUAGGUGGCAAGCCUGAUGCUGCUCGUCUUCUGGAUGCUCACCUGAAGACUAUUCUUGAGAAUGUUCGAUUAGUCUAUCUUCUUGAAAGAGAAGGUUGGGAUGCUACAUCAAACUGGGAAGAUGUUCUUUCGCUAGGGGAACAACAGAGGCUGGGCAUGGCUCGGUUGUUUUUCCACCAACCAAAAUUUGGCAUCCUUGAUGAGUGCACAAAUGCCAUUAGCGUCGAUGUUGAAGAACACCUAUACAGACUUGCAAAUGAAAUGGGCAUAACAGUUAUUACGUCUUCCCAACGUCCUGCCCUCAUACCAUUCCAUUCCAUGGAGUUGAAACUUGUUGACGGUGAGGGCAGGUGGGAGUUAUGCGCAAUCAAUCAGUGAAAUUUGUCGACAUAUUUUGUUGGAAUUUGUGUUAGUAUUUGGGCAAUUUAUGCCUGUGGAAGCAAUCAGACUUGCUUGUUAUGACAAAGCCAACAGUGCCGUGGUGCAGCUAGAGAUUUAAAGAAAUACGCCAACACAGGUGAAGCCAGAUGUGUAAGUAAAUGCAGAUUCUACCGUGAGAUGGGACUUCUGCACAAGUUCGGACCUUUUGUGCUUCUGGCGAACUUUUAUUCUUUUGUGCGAGAUUUUGAGCCAGAAGAAAGGUACAUACUAUAGGUAUAGAUCAUAGACGGAAAGAAGAAAAAAAAAAAAGUUGGGUGGGGUUCCUUACUUUGAUCAAUAAGAAUGGGAGAUACUAUAGCGAGGAAUUUUACUGUACAGUCCAAUCCAUUAAUCUAAUACGUCAUCUACAAAGAAGCUGACAUUAUUUCAGAUCAACUGAAAGAUGUGUCAAUAUUUGCCUUGCCAAAUUUUGAAGCUCGUGCAGUGAAGAAUCAGGUGCAUGAAGAGUCAUUCUGACAGGUCUUACACUUCCAUAACGGUAUGGAUAUGGGGCUUUGAAUUACGACGGUUGGUUUUUGUACCUACCUUCUAUUCUUUUUAUAUUUAACACAUCAGAGCUUGCUAGAUUUUAUUGCAUCAGCUGGUGGAGAUCUGGAAUAACAUUUGACUUCUUUUGGGCA